AAUCAGUUCCAAAGUAACGUUCGUGGGGUGAAGACCGAAGCUUUCGAUUGGUUCCGUUUUUAUCGUUUUGUGCUCUUUGAAGUUUCCAUAAAGUUGCGUUUGCAAAUCGGGCGCGCGCACGCGUACGUUGGCUGUGUACAAGAAGUUCCAGAACGUUGCAGUCCCCCCCGAGAGAUUCGCGAGUUUGCGGGCCGGAGUUUCGCGGUUCGCGCAAUUGUUGUUUUGUGCUGGCGUUUGGUUUUCAUUUUCCAUUUGUUUCGAACAACAUAAUCGUCUAUUUAGUGGGCUCCAGUCGAGUGUGAAUAGCGAGUGAAUUUAAAAUUUCGUCGAAAUACAUAACUUUUAGAAACCGCCAGCUGAGUGGAUAAUUGCAGGAAAAAAAAAAGCGAACGCAUACUGCUGUAAUAGCGUUGUCGAGGGCCGAGGGACCAAACCCGAGCGGUUGGAACUGCUUUUGAUGCUGCUGGUGCUGCAGUUGGUCUAGCGGAGGGAGAACCUUUUUCGCGGCUGUCGCAAGAUUAGAGCAGUAACGGGAAAGCUAUGAAAAAGAUACGACGAUGGUUGCUGGUGUUUGCGGUGAUAAUAGCCUUAAUGGUCAGAGUGGAUGGUUUAAAAGCGACCUCGCUAAUAUUCGGUCGCGGACCUGCCACUUCGAGCACCUCAACCACCAGCACAACGAUGGCGGCCCCAUCGACCGCCAGCACAACCUCCACCACCGAGGAGGCAUCAGCAGAGGUGGAAGAGUCUGACGAUCAAGGUGAAGAAGCGGUCACCAAACCGCCACUUACCGGCAUUCCACAGGUGGAUUACGUAUGGGAUCCCAAUCUGCCUCGAGAACUGAGAGGUGCAAACCUGUCCAGCUAUCCAUUCUUGGAUUCGGUACCGGCAGAGGAGGACAUAGGUUUCACUUGCGAUCCCAAACUACAUGACGGAUUCUAUGCUUCCAUUAAGUAUAACUGUCAGCUAUACCACCAUUGUAUCAACGGAAUACGAUACGACUUCCUAUGUGCCAACUAUACAAGGUUCGAUCAGAAGACCUUCAUCUGUCACUUUGCCUCCGAAGUGGACUGUAAAAGCUCUCCGAAAUAUUGGUUUAGAAAUGAACCUUUAUACAAAGCAACCACGACUACUACGCAAAAGCCUGCCCCAACGGUACCGACAACCGCUGCGCCAACUACGGCCCCGUCGAGGCCAAAACCGUUGAGGAAACCGGUGCGAAGGCGACGUCCACAGGACUACUACUACGACGAUGAUGAGUACGAGGACGAUUAUUACGAGGAACGUCCACGCCGCAGGAAGAAUCGACCACGGAACCGCCGACCGUACUACGAAGACGACUACGAGGAGGACGAACGCUUCGAUCGUAGACCAGCCGAUCGGUACCGGGAGCGCGAAAGGGACCGAGAUGUAGAUGAUGAGGACUACGAGGAUCGCCGAACGUACCGAACGAAGAAUCGCAAUCGCAACAACGAUCGACGCAACGGAGAUGAUGAUCGUCGUUAUGCGUACGAUGACCGCAGACGGGAUCGUGAUCGUGAACGCAGGCCAACUGAGGAAGAACGGCGCAAACCAAUCGAAGAAGAACGACGCAAGCCAAUCGAAGAGGAUCGACACAAACCGAUUGAAGAGGAUCGCCGCAUGGUCUACGAAGAGGAGAAACGCUCCUCGUCAAGCGAUCGCCGAAGAAGGCCAACUGCGAAUGACGACAGAAAAGUUCCAGAACGGAGACCGGUUAGCGAUGAUAGGCGAUCUUUUUCUGGAGAUGAAAUUAAAAGGAGACCUUCGGAGGAAAGAAGCGGAGACAGACGACCGUACAAUGAAGAAAGACGAUUUGACUACGAUGACGAAGAGGAGGACUACAGUCCAAGACGUCCUGAUAAAAAGUCCCGUCCGCAAAAUGAUAUAGUGACAGUCAAACCCUCUGGAUCUACAAUCUACGAUAGACCGCGUGCAGCUCCGAGGAUCAACCGGCCAGUGCCAUUGAACGAGAAAAAUAAGUACUCAUAUGCCAACCCGGAACCAUUGAAGAAAAAACCCUCUACAACACCGGCUCCAGCCCCAGCACCAGCAGACGAACCUGAGCCGGAAUAUUACGAUGAGUAUGAAGAUGAACCGAAGAAAUCGGAACCGGCAGUCGUCGAUAAACGGAAAGCAACUGCUGACGAUAGUCGGGGACGUAACGGAAACGGCGAAGACAAAAGGCAGAGUGCUUCUUCCGAUGUCGUCUACUACGACGAUGUGAUUGUACCAAAGGACUCUCUUCCUCAGAAGCAGAUUCCGGGAAAUGUUAAAAAGCCGGAGGGCACAGAUCGAAUCAACAGUCGAGACAACUCUGAAUUGAACAAUCGCUAUAUCGAAAAAAUCCGCCAAACUCAACGAGUUUCAAAACCAGAUACCGGUGUAGUUUCUAUGAGGCCCAGACCUGCUUAUUUAGAUGAAGAUUCGGCAGAAUCAUCGAAGGCACGGCAACCAAACUCUCCUAAAUCAUCGGUUAAUAUUUACAGUAACUUUAAAAACAAGAAACCCGUAGCUCCCAUAGAGAGUCGCAAGCCAGCAGGAGCUAUCCAGGAUAACCGAGAAUACGAACCUAGCAAUGACCCUGUGGAAUCUCCUCGACCAAUUACGCGAGCAACGAAGAGACCAUUUCUCCCUAGUCGCGGAGGUAACCCUUACGCAGCGCGAGGUCUCCAACCGGUUGGCGUAGCAAAGCAGAACCAAACGCCACAACGGCAGCCAGCUCCACCAAGCACCGAAUCCGAGCGACCUGCACCGUUCCGCAUUGACGUCGGCAGCUCUCAGGUGAGUCCCGUCCAGCCGGACGCUCGAACUAGCACCGUGCGACCCAACGAAAAUCGCGUAAAAACACUCGACCAGCUGUACGACGAAGAGUUCGAUGUUACGCUGAAUGAUGCCUUGAACCCCACGCUGAAACCCUUGACUCGAAGUGCGCCGGCGCAAUCCUUCUUCCGUAACCGCUACAUCCAUCAGAGCUCCGAUUCGGAAUUCGUCCCUUUUGAACCCAGCUAUGCCCCAUCGGAGUUCCGACGAUCAGCCGUACGCCCUCCAAUGACAUUCGCCCAUCAACUGCAUCAACCUGCGGUAUACGUCAGUCCUGUUCGGGGCCAUCCGGCCCAGCGGUACGAAUACGAGUACGAAUACUAAAGAUACGGAACGACGUCUAGGAAAUCAGAUAUGCACCAGAAUGAAGUAAUUUUUAAUUUAUUGAACAAGUGCUUGCAUCUCGCAACCGAGAAGCUAAGCGCUAAAGAAUUUAAGAAAACUAUUUAUUACUCAACCCAGCGGGAUGUGGGUCGGACAAUGAGUUGGACUUGAAAAGAUCGUCCAUAAAUGUAAUCAUCCGCAACAGUGAUUUAAAUUUCCUCCCUUGAUGGAACCAGCGGAGCCACCAGAAGAAAUGCGUAUAAAAUGAAUGUUCGAUAUGAGGAAAAAAAAUCAAAACUCUUACCUGUAAAUAUAUUUCUGCCCUAUUCUUAAAUAUAAAUACUCAAUAAAGGUGAUAUUGACGAAAUAAUACUACUUUGCGACAAUUUUUCAAAAGCAAGAGUAACAAUGAUAACUAUUACACGUGACGCGGAACGUUUAGAAAAUAGAAGUACUUGCAAUAUACAUUUAAAUUCGAAAAAAUACAGAUAAUGUAGUCGAUAAGGAAAACAAAAGAUACAAAAAAUAAAAUUGUACAUUGGGAGUUGCAUAUACGGAGAGUAUGGGAAAGCUGUGCAUAUAAAGUGAACAAGGACAACGAAAAAACAAAUAAACUUUAGGAUAGAUAUGUAGAGCUACCUUGAUAACACAAUUAGAUCAAUUCGAGAAAAAAAUGAAUUUAUGAUCUUUGUGUUGUACGUGAGAUGAUGAAAUAAAGAAAAUCUAAUUUUCCUAACA